AUGAGUAGCCACAAGGCGUCGAUCUCUUCGCACUCUCCGUGCGAGGAGAGCAUCAAGGCUUUCGACGAGAAAGCAUCCCAAUCAGUCGCCGUGACCGCGUUCGAGCACGGUGCAACCGGUACUAAGCUAUCCAAGAUCGAAGAGGUCAUCGAGGCAGAACACCAGCUUACUGAGCAAGAGAGCCGCAGACUGCGUCGCAAGAUCGACCGUUACACGGUACCAUGCCUGCUCGCCAUCUACGGUCUGCAGUAUGCCGACAAAGUCUCGCUCGCCACCGGUGUCCUGUUCGGUCUCAAGCAAGACACGCAUCUGAAAGGGCAGGAAUACUCGUGGCUCACCACAAUCUACUACCUGGGGUACUUCAUCUUUCAGCCGUUGAUGAAUUACGGCAUGCAGAGGGUGGACGCGGCCUACGUCGUGUCGGCCAUGGUGGUGGUGUGGGGUAUCGUUCUGGUGACUCUGGGACUGUGCCACAGUUUCGCGCAGCUCAUGGCGGUGCGAUUCAUUCUCGGUGCGCUGGAGGGCGUCGUAACUCCAGCCUUCUCCCUGAUUGUAGCGAGCUGGUACAAACGAUCCGAACAAAACGCAAGGCAACUCUGGUACUUUGCGAUGAACACGGGCUUCUCGCUGUGGGUCUCGGUUGUUAUCUACUUUGUUUCGAAAAAGGCCUCGGACGAUGGCCAUAUCUCGGGCUGGAGAGUCAUCAACUUCUUCCUCGGUGGUCUCACCGUGUUUGUCGGCGUCCUCACGGGCAUCUUCCUCCGCCUCCCCAAGAAUGCAUGGUGGCUCAACGAGAACGAACGUAAGCUGGCCCACGCUCGCAUCAUCGACAAUGGUGUCGGCACCGGAGAGACCAAAGAGUGGAAGGGGGAUCAGGUGAAAGACGCUCUCACCGACCCCAACACCUACUUCAUCUUCUUCAUCAACGUCACCUGCUGCAUCCCCAACGGCGGCAUCACGACCUUCCAGAGUCUCAUCUACCAGUCGUUCUCAUUUACGCCGCUGGAGUCGAUCCUGUAUCAGCUUCCCUCGUUCGCUCUGUCGUUCUGUUGGAUUCUGUUCGCAGCGUUCAUGAUCCACAAGUUUCCUCGACUUCGCUUCUUUUUCAUGUGCUUCACCGUCAUCCCUGCCUUUGUCGCUGUGAUGACAGCGGGAACGCUGCCUCACGAACCGAAGUACAAGUGGUCGAGGUACGGCGUUUACCUGAUGAGCAUUCUGUAUGCGUUGCAGAGCUUCCUCAUGUGGGCGCUGAUGCCGAGCAUCAUUGGUGGAAGAACCAAGAAGACGGUCGUUGCGACUCUCUGCUUUAUGGGAUACUGUGUCGGGAACAUGAUCGGCCCUCAAGUUUUCCGAGCUUCGGAUGCACCACGCUACAUCCGUGGUCUGAUUGUAGUAGCAUCGAUGCUAGCACUGGUCUUCGUCCUCUGCAUCUGUUGGCUCAUCUACCUGGUCACGGAGAACAAGAGACGAAGAAAAGUUCUCGCGCAAAUGGGUGUAUCCGAAGAGGAAAGGCUGCUCAAGAACAAGAUCAACGGUGAACUGGAUGUAGCCAUCAACGCCGUAUACGGGCAUCAAAAGAGAGAUUUCCGGCUUCCUGACUCCCGGUUGUAG